AUGCGUACACUUGGACCAGACGGGAGACCACAUUCCCGCCGCCGCCGCGACGAAGCUGGUUCCUCUAACCCACCACCACAGCCAGUUGGAUAUCCUGGUGGACCAUCAGAUUUAUCUUUACUUGUUCGAUAUCAAGACCAUGUUGCUCGCCGGUUAUGGUAUGGAGAGGAAAGAGGCUCUAAAAAGGAGCUUAAAGUUGCUGGGCACGGGACGAAGCUCCAGGAGAGAGUGCCUCAGCAGCUCCCACCUGAGAUUGAGGCUAUCGUGUCUAGGUCAGGUCUGGCUUCUCUUCAGAGAACUAGCCUGACCAAGAUAGACGUUAAUCUCGUCUCAGCAUUUGUGGAGAGGUGGCAUGUUGAGACUUCGUCAUUUCACAUGCCAUUUGGUGAAAUGACGAUUACUUUAGAUGAUGUUGCGUGCUUGCUCCAUUUGCCUAUCAAUGGUAUGUUCUGGUAUCCUAAUGAGCAUGUCACAGAGCAGGUGGCUGUUGAUCUUGGGUGUGAGUUAUUGGGAGUGGAUAGACAUGCCAUGGCUGUACAUGUGCGUUCUUGCAGGGGAGCUUAUUACUCACUGCAGUGGCUGUAUGACAGAUUCGUGCAGUACCGUGCUGCUGGUAGUUGGACUUACGCGACCAGGGCAUAUCUGAUGAUGUUGGUAGGUUCUACCAUUUUUGCGGAUAAGACAUUUACCCUGGUUGAGGCCCGAUAUUUGCUAUUGUUUAGAGAUCUACGUGGGCUUAGUUCAUACAGUUGGGCAUCAGCGGCACUGGCCACUCUUUAUCGCCACCUUGGGGAUGCAUCUAUGUUUAGUUGCAAGCAGCUCGGUGGAUAUCCUACUCUUCUACAGUGUUGGAUACAUGAGUACUUUCCUACUCUGGGAAGGAAAGGAGAAAAUUGGCGGUCAGACAGCCAAGGGCUUCCGAGGGCGAUGAGAUGGUUCUACAGACAGGGGGCUAUCAAGGUGGAUGCAUAUAGACCGAUAUUGGAUGAGCUGACACCUACAGACGUCAUAUGGCGUCCAUUCGAGGAUCAUCGACCUCAUAUUGCUUUUAACGAGCUAUCUUUAUACAGAGGUUUCCUUGUUUGGGGUGACAUACAUGUGUUGUACUUACCCGAUAGGUGUCUUCGCCAGUUUGGUAUUCGCCAGUAUAUCCCGCCUGCACCUCCUGCUGAUACGCUCAGCAACGAUGAGAUUGCUGUGGAGUGGAUUGGUUAUCACCAGAGCGUGACAGAUGUGAUUAGAGGUACGGAGGCGGUGGGAUACCCUCAUGAGACGGUGGAUGGAUAUUUAGAGUGGUAUUACCGUGUGUCUCAUCCUCAGGUUGUGCCGCCCCCACCUAGUGAGCGUAGAGAGGUUCCAGUUCCUGUCUUUGAUGCAGGACCAGCUGAUCCAGAUUGGGCUCGUGCCUCCACACUGGUUCGCCGUUAUCUCCGGCAGGUAGAGGCCGAGGAGGAUGAUGUCGCGUAUGCUGACUUAUUUGAGGUGUUGCGCAUCGCCGAUGAGCAUUGA